GUUCUUUUAAUUGAGAAUCCAGCUGAGGAGAACCGGCAUGAGAUGAACAAAUAUUCACCGACUCAAUCACAACAGAUUCGUUAUUUCACCCACCAUAGCGUAAAGUAUUUCUGGAAUGAUAGCCUUCACAAUUUUGAUUUCUUAAAGUAAGUGUUUCUCUUUCAUUUGGAUUAUAUUAUCAACUUAAAUAUUUAAGAUAGAAAAUAAUUCAUUUGAGUAUCAUAUAAAAUUAAAGAGGUUUUUACUACAUAGGCUUUAUUCACUUAUUAACAACUCCAUGAAGACUCAUUAACCAUUUUAAAAAUAAAUCCCAGCUGAACUUGUACUUUGGCAGAUAUUUACAUAAAAGUUAGAAGCAGCGUGAUCCCCAAAUUACAUUAUAUCUACCUACUCUGAGUCUGAGUCUUUUUCUCUUCGAGGCUUCACCUCAAAGUGAGUUUUCAGUACACCUUGUAGCCUCUGUUUUAAGUCAGAGAAUCUGAAUUACCACCUCCAAAUUUGCUGACAGUUCCGUCCAAUUGUACAUGAGGGAUGGAUUAAUAGAAAAGCAGAAACUUAAUUUUAUUGUGUGGAUAAAGAUGGGUCAUUGUCAAAGCAUCAGGCCUUUGGGUAGGCCAAAUUAAAGUACUGUAGUUUCUUAAAAUUUAUUUUUGGUGGAGGGUUCAAGUUAUAUAUGUACUAAAUUAUUUAGAAUUCAAUUUAUUGCUAUUGUUAAGUGAUUAAAUAAUCAUUCAUUAAGUAUCAUUGCUUUAGACUGACAGAGUCAUUCUUAACACUAGCAGUAAAAACAAAAUCACCUUAUGAACAUUUAAAAUAUUCGUGGCUGGGUUCUUCCUCAGACAUACUAGAGAACUGGAAUAUUCUGCAAUGGGGCUGGGCAUUUCUACUUGCCAAGUUCUGAAAACCAUUCCUGUUUAAGAACCAUUGACUUAAGAAGACCGCCUAAGAGCUGCCAUUUUGUUUAAAAUUAAAAAAAAAAAAAAAAGACUCGGAGCUGAUCCCUGAUACCUUCUUGAGAAAUCACCGGCCUCAGUGGGAAAAAUAUGUCAAACAUAGUUGCUGCACGGCCUUUGCCAGCCAUAGAAACUUGUAAAAUUUAUGAUUAUUCAGAUUAAUAAAAUUAACCAGUUCAUUAUGGAGCUUAGCUUUCCUGUCAGAGUAGAAUAGGAUUGGAUCUAAAUGAUGUGUCAGGUUCUCUUUGCUUUAGAGUUCUAUGAUUAGUAUCUCACUGAAAUAAACAUAAGAUAUUUUGGGGAAGGAUAAAUAUGAAUUCUGUUAGAAUUGUUAGAUUUUAGACAUUGCCUAUGACUCAUAAAUUUGGUACUUGUGACCUCGGUAUGAUCUUUGCAUUAAGAUCAGAGAACAGAUUGCAUUGAUGUUUUUGUGGAAUUAAAAGAAAAAGUAAUGAAAAGGAUUUCUUAGUUUGAAACUUACAGAAUUGAAAAAGGGAAGCUAUAUGAAGUAAAAAUGUUUUUGUCUUUGUUUUGGAUUUCUCAAGUUAGUUAUUCUUUACCUUUCAUUGUAUUAGUUUGAUUAUUAGCUUUUACAGCUUUGACAAAACCUUAAGCAAGGAUAAUAACAUUACUGCAUAAGCUUGAGUGUUUAGAGCUGUCUCAUCAUAGGAUAGAUAUAUUGGAUAACUUAGAAGUUGCGGUGUUUGAGAGUUAAAUAAACUUCAUUAUUGUUUAUUUUGGUAAUUUGCGAUGUUAAAAUUCUCAUGCGUUAUCUCUAAAUUUUUAAGGGUUUCUGUUUAUAAGGAAAUCAUAUUUUAAAAUCAGGCAUAUAGAAAAAAGUGAAGCAUUAAGAAAUUUGGAUAUUUUAAACUUUGUUUAAAGUAAAACUUUGGAUUUAUUUAGGGGACUGGAUGAAGGUGUUUCUUGUACGUCAAUUUAUGAAAAGCAUAGUGCAGGACUGACAAAGGGGAUGCAUGCCUACAGAAAGUUGCUUUAUGGAAUAAACGAAAUUUCUGUGAAAGUGCCUUCUGUUUUUAAGCUUCUAAUUAAGGAGGUAAGACUGUUGUAUGUAACUCAACACUUGUGACCAAUAUAUCUGUCCAUUUGGAAAGAGCCAUGACUUAAGUAAUGAGAAGACAUCUCAGUUUUCUAUUUCUUAGCCUCUCUUUGUUUAUUUCUUGCUUGGAAGGUAAAGGUCAAAACUGUGGUAGAGAAUUUUUUGGCAUGAAUUACCUUUUUGUUUUGCCUAAUUUUUUUGCUUUAUUUUUUUUUUUAAAAACUCUCAAGAAGUUACAUGUCUAAAUCUUGCCCAAUCUCACAGCUGUAUACACCUGUCUCUGUUUUUUAACAACUUACCAUGUUGUCUUCUUCAUGUGGUAUUUUGUGGUACACUGGUAAAGACUAAACAUUGGACCAGAACGGUGGAAUAUAAAAUAACGACCUGAUGAUUGACUUUGAGGAGCUUGGACUUUUAGUCCGGGAGGAAAGCAUGUUCCAUUGUUCUCAACCCAUUUUACAUUUUCCAACUGUUCAGUAUUAUUCUGUGGUGCACCAAUGAGUACUAUUACUACGCUAUAGCCAUUGUGAUUAUGUCUGUCAUAUCAAUUGUAAGCUCACUAUAUUCCAUUAGAAAGCAUUAUGUUACGUUGCAUGAUAUGGUGGCAACUCACAGUACCGUGAGAGUGACAGUUUGCAGAGGAAGUGAAGAAUUAGAAGAGAUCUUUUCCACAGACCUUGUGCCGGGAGAUAUCAUGGUGAUUCCACUAAAUGGGAUAGUCAUGCCUUGUGAUGCAGUGCUUAUUAGUGGGACUUGCAUUGUAAAUGAAAGCAUGUUAACAGGAGAAAGUGUUCCAGUGACAAAGACUAAUUUGCCAAAUCCUUCAGUGGACAUAAAAGGAGCGGGAAAUGAGAUAUAUAGUCCAGAAACACAUAAACGACACACCUUGUUUUGUGGGACUACUGUUAUUCAAACUCGUUUCUACACUGGAGAACUUGUCAAAGCUGUAGUAGUUAGAACAGGAUUUAGUACUUCCAAAGGACAGCUUGUUCGUUCCAUACUGUAUCCCAAGCCAACUGAUUUUAAACUCUACAGAGAUGCCUAUUUGUUUCUCCUAUGUCUUGUGGCAGUGGCUGCCAUUGGAUUUAUCUACACUAUUGUCAAUAGCAUUUUAAAUGAGGUAGAAGUGAAGGAAAUAAUUGUUGAGUCUCUUGAUAUCAUUACAAUUACUGUGCCGCCUGCACUUCCGGCCGCAAUGACUGCUGGUAUUGUGUACGCCCAAAGAAGAUUGAAAAAAGUUGGUAUUUUCUGUAUCAGUCCCCAAAGGAUAAAUAUCUGUGGACAGCUGAAUCUCAUUUGUUUUGACAAGACUGGAACUCUUACUGAAGAUGGUUUAGAUCUUUGGGGGAUUCAACGAGUGGAAAAUACACGUUUUCUUUUGCCAGAAACAAACGUUUGCAAUAAGAUGUUGGUAAAAUCCCAGUUUGUUGCUUGUAUGGCUACUUGUCAUUCACUUACAAAAAUUGAAGGAGUGCUCUCUGGUGAUCCACUCGAUUUAAAAAUGUUUGAAGCUAUUGGAUGGAUUCUGCAAGAAGCCACUGAAGAGGAAACAGCACUUCAUAAUCAAAUUAUGCCCACUGUGGUUCGCCCUCCAAAACAGUUGCUUCCUGAAUUCACACCUACAGCAAACCAAGAAAUGGAGCUGUUUGAACUUCCAGCUAAUUAUGAGAUAGGGAUUGUUCGCCAGUUCCCAUUUUCUUCGGCUUUGCAACGUAUGAGUGUGGUUACAAAGGUGCUUUGGGAUAAGAAGAUGGACGCCUACAUGAAGGGGGCACCCGAGGUCAUCGCCAGUCUCUGUAAGCCUGACACAGUGCCGGCUGAUUUUGAAAAAGUUCUAGAAAAAUACACUAAAGAGGGCUUCCGUGUGAUUGCUCUUGCCCACAGAAAAUUGGAGUCGAAACUGACAUGGCACAAAGUACAGAACGUCAACAGAGAUACCAUCGAAAACAACAUGGAUUUUCUGGGAUUAAUUGUAAUGCAAAACAAAUUAAAGCAAGAAACCCCUGCAGUGCUGGCGGCUCUGCAUAACGCUGACAUUCGUACAGUCAUGGUCACAGGUGACAACAUGUUGACUGCUCUCUCCGUGGCUAGAGACUGUGGGAUGAUUCUUCCUCAGGAUAAAGUUAUUAUUGCUGAAGCAUUACCCCCAAAGGAUGGAAAAGUUGCCAAGAUAAAUUGGCAUUAUGCAGACACCGUUAGCCAGUGCAGUAGUUCGUCGGCAAUUGACUCGGAGGCUAUUCCAGUGAAGCUGGCCCACGACAGCUUAGAGGACCUUCGGGUGACUCGUUAUCAUUUUGCAAUGAAUGGAAAAUCAUUUUCGGUGAUACAGGAGCAUUUUCAAGACCUCGUUCCUAAGCUGAUGUUGCAUGGCACCGUGUUUGCUCGUAUGGCACCUGAUCAGAAGACACAGUUGGUAGAAGCAUUACAAAACGUAGAUUACUAUGUAGGGAUGUGUGGUGAUGGUGCAAAUGAUUGUGGUGCUUUGAAGAGGGCACAUGGAGGCAUUUCCUUGUCUGAGCUUGAGGCUUCGGUGGCAUCUCCAUUUACCUCCAAAACGCCUAGUAUUUCCUGUGUGCCAAACCUUAUCAGGGAAGGCCGUGCUGCUCUCAUAACUUCGUUCUGUGUAUUUAAAUUUAUGGCUUUGUACAGCAUUAUCCAGUACUUCAGUGUUACUCUGCUGUAUUCCAUCUUAAGUAACCUAGGAGACUUCCAGUUUCUCUUCAUUGACCUGGCAAUCAUUUUGGUAGUAGUUUUCACAAUGAGUUUAAAUCCGGCCUGGAAGGAACUUGUGGCACAAAAACCACCUUCGGGUCUCAUAUCCGGGACCCUCCUCUGCUCCGUUUUGUCUCAGAUUAUCAUCUGCAUUGGAUUUCAGUCCUUGGGGUUCUUCUGGGUCAGGCAACAACCGUGGUAUGAACAAUGGCAUCCACAGUCUGAUGCUUGUAAUACAACAGGAGGCCUCUACUGGAACUCUUCACAUUCUGACAAUGUAACCGAACAUGAUGAGCAUAAUAUACAAAAUUAUGAGAAUACUACAGUGUUUUUUAUCUCCAGUUUUCAGUACCUCAUAGUGGCUAUUGCCUUUUCAAAAGGAAAACCCUUCCGGCAACCUUGCUACAAGAAUUAUAGUGUGUGUACCAAAUCAGUGGCGUAUAAUUAUGCUUACCAUUGUUGCUGCCAAUGCCCUUGUGUCUUUCCUGGUGGAGGUAAGCACUUCAGAUGCUCAGAUGACUAUCUUGCUGUUUUGGGAUUCUUAGCAACUUAAUGGUAGUUGGGAAACAGGACAGGUAAUAUUAUGGAAACCCACAAACAGUCUCAUUUUAGCCAAAUUCAUUUAGCUGAUAGUAGUUAAUAUGAAAGGGUAUGACUUUCAUGAGCUGAUAGUAGUCACCUUAAAAGGUAUGACUUAGCUGCACUCAGGCAGAUAGGACAUAAUAAGCAGUGAGAUGGCAAAAAAUAGUGAUUGGAGGAGAAAAGAGAAGCUUGGUGCCCAUAAAUUGGUGAACCAGUACCCUGAAACCAGAGCAGACAUCUGCUACCCAUGUCUUAUGAUAUACAGUAAACCUCCCGUUUAAGGAAGGAAUGAUUAACGAAUACUAAUAACAAGAACAGGAGCCCUGGUGAUCCAGUGGUUAAGCUGCUAACUGAAGGGUCGGUGGUUCGAAGCCACCAGCCGUUCCACUGGAGAAAGAUGUGGCAGUC